UUUUCAAUGACUUGUAAGGGGUAUGAUUUGGUAUUAUGUGGAAAUUAGAAGCAAAAAUUCUAAUUACAUUAAAAUUUAAAAAAAAAAACAAAAAGAAAAAAAAAAAGCGAAAAAACUAUGUGAAUUCUCCUCCCCACCUUCUUCUUCACAGACAGCAAGCUUUGCUGGAGCUUUAAACGCCGGCGCCGGCCUCAACCACCUUCUCUUCUCUCCAUUCUCACUUACGUUUCCCUCACUGUGACGUAUCACAUCACCAUGCUCUGCUAUUCUUCUUCUUCUUCUUCUUCUUCUUCUUCUCUUCACCAUGGUAACAACAACAACCACCUUCGUUUACCCACUGAACAACAUCUUCAUCUUCUCCAAAGCUUCAAUUCACCAUUUGAGCUCAAACAACUCCACACCCACUUCAUCAAAACCUCUCUUCCUCUCUCACUCCUCCCUCUAACCCAGGUCGCUUCAGUCUGUGCUCUUACACCCAAUUUCACUUACGCUCAGAAAAUCUUCCAACGAGUGAAAACCCCAGAAAUCUUUACAUGGAAUUCUUGCUUGAAAGCUUUCGCCGAAGGCGAAUCCCCAAACGACGCCGUUUUGCUCUUUUACCAGAUUAUAAAGUUCGGUCUUUUACCUGAUAGUUUCACUCUGUCUUUCGUUCUUAAGGCUUGUUUGCGUUUAUUGGAUGUUGAGAACGGUAGAAUCGUUCAUGGGUAUGUGGAAAAACUUGGGUUGAGUUCGAAUUUGUUCUUGAAAAAUACGAUUCUUCAUUUGUAUGGUUAUUGUGGUGAAUUUGAUGAUGCGUUGAAACUGUUCGAUAAAAUGUCUGAACGAGAUGUUGUGAGUUGGAAUAUAAUGAUAACUCAUUUGAUUAAGAGAGAUGAUAUUGAGAGAGCUUUUGAUUUGUUUUCACAAAUGGUUGUGAGAAAUUUGAGGUCUUGGACUUUGAUGAUUAGUGGUUUUGUUCAGUGUGGGAAACCUAAGGAAGCUGUUGAUUUGUUCUUUGAGUUUGAGAAAGUUGGGUUGGAACCUAAUGAGGUGACUGUUGUGGCUGUUCUUUCUGCUUGUGCUGAUUUGGGUGAUUUGAAUUUGGGUAGGAGGAUUCAUGAAUUCUCUAACAAAAGCGGGUUUGGAAGCAAUGUUCGGGUUUCGAAUACUCUUAUUGACAUGUUCAUCAAAUGUGGUUGUUUAGAGGAAGCUCGAGGCGUUUUUAAUGAGAUGAAAGAACGAACUGUUGUUUCGUGGUCGGCUAUGAUUCAAGGUCUUGCUAUACAUGGUAAAGCAGAGGAAGCUUUGAGAGUUUUCGAUGAGAUGAUUCGAGUUGGGAUGAAGCCGAAUUGGGUGACAUUUUUAGGGUUAUUACAUGCUUGUAGUCAUAUGGGAUUGGUUGAACAAGGAAGAGAGUUCUUUACUAGUAUGACUAGUGAUUAUGGCAUUGUUCCUAAGAUUGAGCAUUAUGGUUCAAUGGUUGAUUUGUUAAGCCGAGCAGGGUUGCUUCAAGAGGCGCGGGAAUUCAUCAAGAACAUGCCUAUAAAACCGAAUGGAGUAGUGUGGGGAGCUUUACUUGGUGGAUGUAAAGUUCAUAAGAACAUUGAAUUAGCUGAAGAAGCAAUUGAAAACCUUUCGGAAUUAGAUCCUUUUAAUGAUGGUUAUUAUGUUGUUUUAUCGAACAUUUAUGCAGAGGCCGAGAGGUGGGAAGAGGCUGCGCGAGUGAGGAAGUUGAUGAGAGACCGAGGAGUGAGGAAGACUCCCGGGGCAAGCUCAAUCACCGUGGAUGGAGUUGUCCACGAGUUUGUAGCCGGGGAUGAGAGCCAUCCCCAAGCUAAGAAGAUAUUCGAAACUUGGGACAAACUAGUUGAGAAAAUGAAGGUGAUGGGGUAUGUACCUAACACUUCUGUUGUGUUGCUUGACAUUGAAGAAACCGAAAAGGAGAGGUUUUUGUAUAGACAUAGUGAGAAACUUGCUGUGGUUUUCGGGUUGAUUAACACCCCGGCUAGAACACCGAUUAGGGUUAUGAAGAAUCUUCGAGUUUGUGAGGAUUGUCAUGAAGCUUUUAAAUUGAUCUCAACUAUUGGGAAUAGAGAGAUUGUUGUACGUGAUAGGAAUAGGUUCCAUUGUUUCAAAGAUGGUACUUGUUCAUGUAAAGAUUAUUGGUAGUGAGAGAAUUUUUCACUUGUGUUAAUUUCAAUUAUUUUUGUAAUAUUCUUUUUUAUUUUCUUUGAUGACAGGAGAAAAUUUUAUUAAUCAAAAC